GGGCGGGCCAACCUUCUCCUCGGGGUUACCGUUGUUGUGUCCAGAAACUCUACCUCACUUGAGUCACUCUCCUCACUUGCCUGCCUGGGGAGGAUGGACUUUCUGGAUCGCAGUAGCAUCUCGGACUACUUUAAUAAUGCAGCAGCAGCCAGCACCUUCGUGACACGAGAUUAACGGACGUAACGUUAAAGAGCAGUCACGUUUGUCUGCUAAUGAGAGCCCACUCCGGCUAACUUUAAUGUCGAGUUAUGGCCAACAUAAGGUGCAUUAAACGUCUGCUAAGGUUAUCCAAACACUUUCCACACUGACCUUAAACAACCUUACCGUUAAAUCCUAUUUGAACGCGCCGUCUUUCUUCAGAAAUAAACAACAAUUUGAAGAAACCGCGAUUUCCUGUCAUCGCUGAUUGGCGGUUGGAUUGAAAACAGUGGCUCCGCCUAUCGGGCGGGUCCACCUAUCAGACGAUACGCAGAUCCACACAACACGGAAACAACAAGGGAUUUACCGUUGUCUGCUUAUCCUGGAGCUUCUUUGGUGUUCACUUAAAAUAAGUUUCAGGUCUCCCAUGUAAACGGAUGGGGCUGAGGAGAAGUUUUGGCAGUUUCUCGGCGAUGAUGGACACUUAGUUAGUUUAGUCCUGGCAGUACUCCCAAUGGAAGCUCCAGUCACAGCUGCCCCUCCUCCCAACUCCUCCGACCUGCCGGUCCCGAUCCCCCUGCAUCCAGCUGUCGCCCCGUCGGUCGAGCUCGGCUUCACUAUCCUCUACACCACUCUGUACGCCUCGCUGUUCCUGGUGGUGUACGCACAGCUCUGGCUGCUCUACCUCUACAAACACAAAAGAUGGAGCUACCAGAGCGUCUUCCUGUUCCUCUGCCUGCUCUGGGCUGCCCUCCGCACCACCCUGUUCUCCUUUUACUUCCGUAACGCUCUGGAGGCCAACCACCUACCUGUCGCAGCCUACUGGCUGCUCUACUGCUUCCCUGUCUGUCUGCAGUUCUUCACUCUCAGCCUCAUCAACCUGUAUUUCACUCAGGUGUUACUCAAAGUGAGAGCGAUGUAUAACUCAGACGUGGGCAGAGGAGUAUGGCUGGCGCGGUGCGCGUACGGUGCACUGAGCGCCAUCUUUCUCUGCGUCAACAUGGCCUGUGCGUCUCUGGAGGACAGAGGCGCCGGGUCGGGGGAGCGGACCUGGAGUCUGGUCCUGGUUCGAGUUCUAGUCAACGACUUGCUCUUCAUCCUGGAUGCGGUGUUACUGGCCGCCUUGCUGUUGCUCCUGACCCGACACUCGCGCUCCACCAGCCCCUACCUGCUCAGCAAGGGGACCACGGUGUGCCGUACGGCAGCCCUGGGAGCAGCAGUGAUCUUGUUGUUUGCGAGUCGGGCCUGCUACAACCUGACGGUGCUCAUUCUGUCUCAGAACCACCGAGUGGAGUCCUUCAACUUUGACUGGUACAACGUCUCAGACCAGGCUGACUUGCGUAGUGAACUGGGCGACAGGGGCUACCUGGCCUUCGGCGCCAUCCUCUUCAUAUGGGAGCUGCUGCCGACCAGUCUGCUCAUCCUCAUCUUCAGGGUUCGCCGACCCGCCCAGGAGACCAGCAGCAUGGCCAUUAACAACCGGGUCCUGCCUCGGCCAUAUUUCUUUGAUGACCCUCAAGGCAGCGAUGACGAUGCACCCGUUCCAUGGGCACGCGGCUCACAUCCACACUCGAGCUGGUACGGUUCCGAGACCGCCCCUCUCCUGUUUGCCAGCAAUCCUCCAGAUCAGAGCCAGCAGCACCACUCGUUCUACUCCACCCCCCAGAACUGAGCCGGACUCCUCCCGCGCUAUCCUAUCAGGGUCUUCCGUGAUGAUGUCAUCUCCCGGAUGAGACCGCACCCAGCUACCACCUGGCCCUGCCUCUACAGUUUAUAUAAACUGAAAACCUCAGGAAUUCAUCGACAAAACAGCGAAUAUGCACCUUGUAGUUUUUGAACAGAGAAUAUAUUGAAAAUAUUUCUUGGCUCAAAGGGAACAAACUUGUCGGGACAGACACAGCCUCCUUUUAUAAAAGGUUACAGUAAGAUUUAGUCCCAAUGUGUUGAUGAAACAAGGUAAACUAGAUCUUACAAUUCCUAAAAAAAAAAUUGCACAUUUAGCUUCGUUAGCAUUCCUUCUCCUUUUUAACCCUCCUGUUGUCCUCGGGUCAAAUUUGACCCAUUUUCAAAAAGUUUACAUAUUAGAAAUUUGGGUUUCUUUCAACCAAAAUUGCCCGAAAACAUAACAUGGAUGGUUCCUUUACAACCAUUACUGUUUACAAGUAAAAACAUCGACAAUAACCUCGGAAAUUUGUCCGAAAAAAAAUUCUGAAGAACAUUUUUUUAAGGGACAAAAAAAAAAAGUUUUAAUUUGAAAUUUUUGACCCCCCCCAAAAAAGUUGCAUGGACGAUGAAAAGACAACACAAGGGUUAAGUUAAUGCACGUAAUGUAUAUCAUAAGCUUGCAGCUUGAUAACCACUGACCAUACUUCCAUUGUUUACAGUUUAGUGUUUUCUCCUACACUGUGUCAAGUGUAUAGGGAAUAGACUAACACAUACAAACAGACUAACUCUUUUUAUCAUUCGGUGUUUCUUUAAGACCAGUAAUGUCUUUUGACACUUUUAAUAAAUAAAUCCACAUCAGCAGACUGACUCUCUUCUAACCGGAGACCUGUACACAGCGUCUAUUUUGGUUUGUAUGGCACUUUUGCAAAGAGUUUCAUAGUUUUUCCAUUUAAAAAAGUAUUUUUGAUUGUUAUUACCUUCAUGUACAAUUGUAUUUUGAUGGGACAUUUAACUUAUUUUAUAAUGUAACCUUUUCAUUGUCGCUAACAAUCCUAUGUUCUUUUCCUUUAUGUCUUUACUGGAAUGAGGCUUCCUCGUAGCAACCAAUCACAUGGCUUUGACUUCACCACAUGAUUAAUAUUUACUGUGUAAACAAACUAAUAAAAAAAAAAUCAAAUCUAAA